AUGCCUCCACGAAGAGCAGAACGAGGUCGUCCAGCUAGGAGAAAUAUUGAACCACAAAAUCAAGAAUUACCUAAUGCACCUGAAGUGCAACCGCAAAAAGAGGUCUCUAAGGCUGAGUUUAGAGAGGCUAUAAGGAUGCUUAGCCAAGUUGUGACUAAUCAGGCUGGGCAGCAGAGAGGAGAUCGGCAAGAAGGGACUGACACUUCAAGGAUUCUUGCGGACAUGAGGAGUAGGAUAAGUUCGUUUGUUGCUGGUUUGGGUCGCCUGUCAAGCAAGGAGGGCCGAGAAGCGAUGCUUAUUAGGGACAUGGACAUCUCGAGGUUGAUGGUCUAUGUGCAGCAGGUAGAGGAAGAGAAGCUAAGGGAUAAAGAGGAGUUCAAGAACAAGAGAGCUAAGACAGGGAACGAGUACGGGCAGUAG